CUUUUAACAUUGUCGCAUAGUCAACGUUGCAGUAGGAGUGAGUGCAAUGACCACAUGUCCAAAGAAAGAUCGAAAGGAAUGUCCAGUAGCCCGUGUAUUUUUGGUCUAGCUCUCCAGCAGGAGAAAAACAGUUUCUGAUUCAAGACACGUGCAAAACAGGUAGGAUGGCGUCAGACUUUUCUCAGCUCAAAGUUGGUUUCAUUGGUGCAGGGAACAUGGCCUAUGGCAUAGUUAAGGGAAUCCUCAAAUCAGGUUACAUCAUCCCUGCAAAUGUUACAGUGAGUGCGCCGUCAGCCAACAACUUCGCUAGAUUCCAGAAGAUGGGUGUGCAUCUUGUGCACUCAAAUGUGGACACCGUGUCUGGGACACAGUUGGUCUUUCUAGCAGUGAAGCCCCAUCUCAUCCGUACAGUUGUCACUGAAGUCUUACCCCAUUUAACAGAGCGACACACCAUCGUUUCAGUUGCUGCUGGUGUCACACUGGAGACGCUAGAGCAACUCUUGCCGGCUGAAGUCGGAACUGUGCGCCUGAUGCCGAACCUACCCUGCGUGCUCCAGGAGGGGGCGCUGCUGUUCGCCAGGGGAUCGACCGCCACACCGGAGACGGGCACCCUGCUGAAGUGCUUGCUCUCUGCCUGUGGGGCCGUGGAGGAGGGACCAGAGAGCUGGAUCGACAUUCACACGGGUCUAAGUGGCAGCGGGGUGGCAUUUGUGUACCUGUUCGCUGAGGCGAUGGCCGAGGGGGCUGUGAAGAUGGGCAUGCCCAGUGUGCUCGCCCAACGCAUCGCUGCACAGACCAUCCUGGGCGCAGGGCAUAUGCUGAGGGAUUCUGGGAAGCCAGCGGCAGUGUUGCGGGGAGAUGUGUGCACACCAGGUGGCACCACUAUCUAUGGCCUCCACGCCCUGGAGAAGGGGGGCGUGAGAUCAGCUGCUAUGUCCGCUGUGGAAGCCGCCACUGAGAGGGCACGAGAACUUGGGCAAAAAUAAUUAAUAUCACAUGUUCUCAGUACUGAAUAUCACACAUACAUAUCCUGCAGGAUUAAUUAUUGCACAUAGGUGUGCCAUUCUCAAUAAAUGAAUGUUUACAA